UGUGCUCAGGGCUGCCGAAGAAGUGAAGAAGUGGGCUCUUUUUCUUCUUGCCCUGGAGACCAGGGAGGCCUUCAGCACCUUCUCCCCAGCCAGUGCCCAUGGGGACGGUUGUGGCCAAACUGCUCCUGCCUACCCUCAGCAGCCUGGCCUUCCUCCCCACAGUGAGCAUUGCUGCCAAGAGGCGUUUUUACAUGGAGGCCAUGGUCUAUCUCUUCACCAUGUUCUUCGUGGCAUUCUCCCAUGCCUGCGAUGGGCCUGGGCUAUCUAUGCUGUGCUUCUUGCGCCGUGACAUCCUGGAGUACUUCGGCAUCUAUGGGACAGCCCUGAGCAUGUGGGUCUCACUGAUGGCACUGGCCGACUUCGAUGAACCCCAGAGGUCAACCUUUACGAUGUUUGGUGUCCUUACCAUUGCCGUGCGGACUUUCCAUGACCGCUGGGGCUAUGGGGUGUACUCCGGCCCCGUAGGCACAGCCAUCCUCAUCAUUGCUGUAAAGUGGCUGAAGAAGAUGAAGGAGAAAAAGGGUCUGUAUCCUGACAAGAGCAUCUACACCCAGCAGAUAGGCCCCGGUCUCUGCUUUGGGGCACUGGCCCUGAUGCUUCGCUUCUUCUUUGAGGAAUGGGACUACACCUAUGUCCACAGCUUCUACCACUGCGCCCUGGCCAUGUCCUUCGUCCUGCUGCUGCCCAAGGUCAACAAGAAGGCUGGGAAUGCGGGGGCCCCCGCCAAGCUGACCUUCUCUACCCUCUGCUGCACUUGUGUCUGACCACAGCACCCUCCUCCCCGUUCCAGGCCCUUGCCUUCCUGUCUGGCAGCCCUGCCAUCUCUCCCAAGAUAAUUUCUGUGCGUUCCCAUGUGGUGUAUCUAUGAGAAAUGGUCUCCUCUGCACCCCAAGAGUCCAGUAGGCCUGCUGCACUCUGCUAAAUGCUG